AUGGCAGUAUUUUCAGGCACAACCCUCAACGCAUUGCUCGCGAGCGCUCCGGUGCCCAAAUGGGGUCUCGUCUUGUCCUUGGUGCUAGUCCUGCUUAUAGGAUUAUGCGUAUAUCGGCUGGCAUUCCACCCGCUGUCCCGCUACCCAGGCCCUCCUCUGGCGGCGUGCACCUCCUUCUAUUUCAUGUACCACAUCUCGACAGGAUACUUCCCACAACACUGCGAGAAGCUUUUUGCGAAGUACAACACGGACGUUCUUCGCGUGGCUCCAGAUCAGCUUGUUUUCAACGACCCCCAGGCUCUCAAAGAUAUUCCUGGCCGGUCUGAUGUCUAUCGGGGAAACUUUGCUCUCCGGGUCAUUGGAUUCGCGGGUACCAAUGUCAGCAACAUCCGUGACCCCGGUGAGCACCGUCGCAAACGCCGUUUGAUGGCGCCGGGCUUUAGCAACGUCGCCUUGGCCGAGCAGGAGCCUAUCCUGACGGUGCCGAUUGUGGAUAAGCUGAUCAAGAAGAUUACCGAGGUCGAAGGAGGAGUGGUCAAUUUGAGCGACUAUUUUGACUGUGUGACAGGCGACAUUAUCGGGGCCCUGUCCUUUGGUGCAAACUUUGGGAUGCUGGAUCAGCUGGAGAAGCACCCAUUUCUUCAUGUCUUACCCAACGUGCUUCGGUUGUCCGUCAUCAUCCAGUGCAUUCCUCAGUGGUUCCGCACGAUUGAUUGGAUCAACCGACACGGACCGAAAUGGACUGUGCCCAAGCCCAUGAGAGGGGUUUCUGAUUUCGCCGGUUACCAUCUUGCGGAAAGGAGGAAGCGAGAUGCUGUGGAGGUCGACAAGUCCGGGCGCAAGGAUAUCAUCAGCAUCAUCGAAGCCGGCAACGAGAAAUUCAAAGGACAGCCGGGCUAUGUCCAACUCGGCGAGUAUGAGAUGCUGGGCGAGGCCACUAACCUGGUAACUGGAGGCGGAGACACUGUCGCCACGGCUUUGACGGCAACCAUGUUCUUUCUCGGCCAAUAUCCAGAGGUUUACCAAAAACUCACAUCGGAAGUUCGGGCUCUCUUCCCGACAUCGGACAGCAUCAACAGCCAGACGGCAGGAAGAGAGCUGAAGUAUCUCGACGCCGUUUUGAAUGAAACCAUGCGCGUGUCUCCCGUCCUGCCUGGACCUAUGUGGCGUCGAACAGAUGUACCCAUUUCGGUCGCUGGCUAUAUGGUUCCGGGUAAGACAGAACUGGGAGCGAUGCGAUAUAACAUCUUCCGGAAUCCCAAGGCCUUUCACGAUCCGACCUCGUUCAAGCCCGAGAGGUGGAUCGAGGAUAUGGGGGAUAAUUUGGACGCAUGUCAACCAUUUGGACUCGGCCCUCGAACCUGUAUUGGGCGUAAUAUCGCUUGGAUGGAGCUAAGACUAAUCAUCUGCAAACUUCUCUGGCACUUCGAUUGGACGCCCAUUACCAAGACUUUCUCAAACCCAGAGUAUCUUGUGCAAUAUCGAGGCCCUAUGUUGAUGAAGGCACAAGAGAGAAAGCUAUAG